UGUGUGUUUAAGGGCAGUACGUGUGGAGCAUUGAUGUUAUAUUUGCUUGAAUGAGUUGAAGAAGCAGCUUUUAUCAUACGUGUGUAAGACAUGAGUUCAUUUAAGCAGCACAUUUUAUUUUUAUGUGGCGUAGCAGUGAGUAUCCUUCUCUCAAUAAUGUAUUCACGUGUUUUAAGGACUCUGACACCUUCAUUUGCUUUGAAUGGUAAUAAACCUGCGGUAAAACAUACAGCUGUGAGCAGAAGAACCGCGCUGGAGUUCAGCCAGAAGGUCAGAGUGUUGUGCUGGGUAAUGACACAGCCCAAACACCUGAAGUCCAGAACCCAACAUAUCCGUGCCACAUGGGGUAAACGCUGCAACAUCGUUCUGUACAUGAGCUCGGAGGCGUCCGAUUUCCCCACGGUAGGGCUCAACGUGUCAGAAGGACGCAGUCAACUCUACUGGAAGACCAUACGGGCCUUCCAGCACAUCCACACGCACCAUCUGGACCAUGCUGAUUGGUUCCUCAAAGCUGACGAUGACACGUUUGUUGUCCUUGAGAAUUUGCGCUACGGUUUGUCCAAGCACAACACGGAGGAGCCGCUGUAUUUUGGACGUAGGUACACACCAUUCAUCGCACAGGGCUACAUGAGCGGAGGAGCUGGUUACGUCCUCAGUAAGGAAGCCUUGAGGAGAUUCGUGAAGGGCUUUGCUGAUGGGCUUUGCACACACAACACGGAAACUGAGGAUGUUGGUUUGGGAAAAUGCAUGGAGACAAUGAAAGUUCAGAUGGGUGAUUCCAGGGACGUUUUGGGGAGACAAACCUUUCAUCCAUACCCUCCAGAUUAUUACCUGCCCAGACAGACACGCAGACCACGACCCUGGUACCUCCUCUAUGAGCAUUACCAACCGGUUGAGGGCCCUGGAUGCUGUUCAGAUUUAGCCAUCUCUUUCCACUACAUAGACGCAGUGCAAAUGCACACUUUAGAGUACUACACCUAUCACUUACGCCCAUAUGGAUAUAAACACAGAUUUCAGCCAGAUGAACACUUAAAUAAUAGAACUAACAUCUAAGCUAACAAU